CGGUGCGCCCGGGAGCAGGCCGCGCGCGGGCAGGCGCCGCCUCGUUCGUGACCGUGUUCUCGUUCUCGCUUUCAGCCAUGACCAUGCAGUUCAUCAGCCACCGAUUUCCAGAGGACCACGACCCCACCAUCGAGGAUGCUUACAAAAUACGAAUACGCAUUGAUGAUGAACCUGCAAAUUUGGACAUCCUGGAUACAGCAGGACAGGCAGAGUUUACAGCCAUGAGAGACCAGUACAUGAGAGCAGGCGAGGGAUUUAUCAUCUGUUAUUCAAUCACAGACCGCCGCAGUUUCCAUGAAGCGCGUGAGUUCAAACAGCUCAUCUACCGUGUUCGGCGCACUGAUGACACUCCUGUAGUUCUAGUUGGAAACAAAUCUGAUUUGACACAGCUACGACAGGUGUCCAAAGAAGAAGGUUCAGCUUUAGCACGAGAAUUCACCUGCCCUUUUUUUGAAACUUCAGCUGCAUUCCGCUAUUAUAUUGAUGAUGUAUUUCAUGCCCUUGUGCGAGAAAUCCGUAGGAAAGAGAAGGAAGCAGUCAUGGCAAUGGAAAAAAAAACCAAACCGAAAAGCAGCAUAUGGAAAAGACUGACUUCGCCAUUUCGAAAGAAGAAAGAUUUGGUGACCUGAAGGCGGGAAAAAACUGUCAAACUGUCAACUGCAACAUGUUAACCAAAGCAGUCCAGUGACUACACUUUUGAGCAUCAUGCUUGUACUCCUUUUCUGACCGUGUUUUAAUAGGAAACUUAAUGUUGAGGGGGGGGUGCCUUUUACCUUUUUGUUGGUUUAGAACAACUUUCCCCCUAUUUUGGAAUUUUUAACCUGUGACAAUGGUAGUUUUACUUUUCCUUCCUGUCACCCUGACUUAGAUCCAGAAAAUGUCACUGCCAACUUGGUUGCAAAUGCUGAUAAAUAUAAAAUACAAUGUCCCUGCACUUUU